AUGGGCCGCGGUCACAGAGCUUAUGGCAAACAAUGGCCCCGAACUUUUAAUGUCCCACGAAGCUGCAGAGAUCAUCCUCUUUGUCAGGCCUUCAACGAUGAUGAGAUUGCAGAAGAGCCAAACAAUAACGACAGUAUCCGCGACUAUGACGCAGACAGUCAAUCGGAUGACUUCUUGAACACAUUCUUUGGAGAUCUCGCUGGCUCCAUACCAUCAUGGGAAGCACAGGCUGUGGAAAAGUACUGUUCGGAAGAGAAGAUACAGUCAGCAACCAUACGUCAAUUCGAAACCUGGGCGUGGGUCGACGAUCGCGAAUUUCCGAGUGGAAGUAGCCGAGCAUACCCGAAAGGUCUGAAUGCAGAGGAACUACGUGCAGUCUUGCUACGAAAGCGAUAUGGACAUCCCGACUUGCCGAACGCUGACCGACGGUUGAUAUACAUCUCAAAGCUUACUUCACGGCUCUUAAGCGUCUUAGCGGAAACUGUGUGGGGCCAUCAAGAAGAAGCGCUCCGUGAUGCUAUCUGCAAGCACAUUGCUUCGGAAACGUUAUUUCGAGUACACAUACCCAUGAAUGGCUUCAAGACCUAUCGUCUGGAAUUCCAUCUCACAUAUUUAGUAAUGCGGAAGAAAGACACCCUUGCUCGUCCAAGUACUUCCGGAAAUAGUACACGAAGGCACCCCGCGACCGACCUAUCAUUCCUGGAUACUUCAAUUUCCAGUGGAGAGGCACUUUCGUACUGCAUCUACAAGGCACACAUAAGCAUUGUCUUGUGCGGGUGGAGUGAUACCCAGUGGACUGGGUAUGCCUUUGCCAAUACAGGCCUUCCCGAGGAACCCUUUGUAGAACAAGAUGAGGGAGAACCAAAACAGGACCUCUUCGCGGCAGACAGAGAUGAUGACUAUGUCCAGGAUGCCGACGCGCCGAAUUGGGAUGCGAGGAAGUACUGGCUACAGAUAGUUGCGAUCAGGUGCGAACUGAUCCGCAAGGAAUGGACGUUCUUGGUCCGUACGAUUGAAGGAAAAGUGCACAAGUUGAAAGAAACCGAUACAUAUAGCCUUGCCUUCAGCCGAGCAUAUGUGGACUCCAAAGAUAUCCAAAACUCCCUCGAUUGGACUCUGCAAACUAUGCAAUUACUACGCAGGCUUCGCGACUCCCUGUCUCUGACCCUCAGAGCCUACAGUCGAUUCCAGGAGCCUAGCGGUGACAUACGUUACUUCUCCAGUACCCCAGACUAUCCAGGGUCUCCAGAAUUGUCAGCGAUCCUAGGUAGCAUCAAAGAGACCUUCGAAAAGCUUAGAGACCUCUAUUCAAGCCUAAGCUCGCUCGACGAUUCUUGCAAACGUUUCGCCGCUCACCUCGGACGAAUGUUGAGCCUCGAGAGUAACCGGCUUACGGCGGCAAGUAACGAAGCAAGUAUGGAAAGCAAUCGCUUGAAUUUUGAGAGUUUCAAGCUCAAUGAGGAAUCGCGUAACCUCAAUCUGCGGUCCAGCAAUCUCAACGAUAAACUACGAGAACUCAACGAGAAGGCGACUGCAGCCGCAUGCGCAAAUCAGGCAGACGCGGCGAAAACCAGCCGCAGUACGCGUGUCAAUGUGGAGCUGCUCCUUUUUACAACACCGCUCGGAAUGGUCCUCCAGUAUUUCGGAUCUGAGAAAGACAUUUUUGCCUUCAAUCGCAACCCGAAGACGUUUGUGUUGGCGACUAUUAUUCUAAUGGUUGUCCUGCGCAUCUUUAUGCUGGUCCUCGAGCACGCAGGAUCUUUACUCAAAUUUAUGCCGUGGAAGCCGACCAACUCGCAGCCACCACCAACAGUGAAAGAUAGCCCCAAUACCCAGGACCAUCCGCAGCUACAGCCUGUAUAG